AUUACGAGGCGCCUCUGAACGCAUCGCGGCCACCAUUGUCGGAGGAGGGAGGAGAAUAGGGAGAGUCAGCCUGUCUUUCCUUUUUACCGACAUCAGUGGACGUCUGCCGGCCUCAUUCUAGUUUGUUAAACUAACGGUCUGGGACAGAACGGCUCCGUUCAAUAGUCCAAAAGACCCCGCUGAGGAGAUAUUAGCCCUUUGCUUUGUCGCCACACGACCUCCAGACACCGGCUACUUUCCAUUCACCGCAUCCAGAAGCGGAACGGAGGGGGGCUUCAGGAGGCUUUCUUGGUGACAAGGCCCUCCGGUACAUCAGUGGAAAUGGGGACGCUGGAUGCGUUAUCUUGACUAUUCCAAAUCUAAUUCGAAUCCUUGGACAAACGCGGAAAACCCGUUAGCCGGCUAGCUUCCUAUCCCCCUGUGGCUUCGUUAUAGUUUCUCUCGAUGUGACUGAAGACUUUGCUUCUUAACCUCCGGGAUCAUCCUGUUAGCGACGCCGUCUGUCCUCUGGAAUGCGGCGAUAGAGCUGAAGGGUUUGGAGACAGUGAGCCUCGAGUAGUUGGGGUCGAAAGUUGGGCCUCUGUGUACAGUAUUUGUUUUUCUCGAUGAUGCUGAGUUGGUGGAGCUGCGUGGAGCUUACUGGACUCUUUGUCGUGGUGCCUUCACGGACUAUCACCAUGAAGAUUGUAUGAGAGUCCCACCUUUCCCCCUCAAAUCCGCUGCGUCUGCUGUUAUUGACAACCAGAGCGUGAUUUGACUGGCCUUGUGUGGUGAACACAACAGUCUGCUCAUUUACCUUCUUCUGACCGGAAUCGCACUCAGGGACGAGCAUGUCUUUAUUAAGAGCCGCACUGCCCGGAAACGAGCGGAAACCGGAUCAUCACACCUCGCUGUCCAACAGCCGCUCGGACAAGGGUCCAGGUUGGUCCAGCCGCUCGCUGGGUGCCCGAUGUCGUAACUCCAUUGCGCUAUGCUCAGAUGAACAGCCGCACAUCGGAAACUACCGGCUGCUCAAGACCAUCGGCAAGGGCAACUUUGCCAAGGUCAAACUGGCUCGACACAUCCUGACUGGCAAAGAGGUUGCAAUAAAAAUAAUUGAUAAAACACAACUCAACCCUUCAAGCCUACAGAAGUCUCCCCGUGCUGGCCCCUAAACCGGGAGCUGAAUUCCAGACAGGCAAACAAAAGGCCGGGUUGCGGAGUUGUGGGGCCUUGGCACGAGACAGCAGAAAGACAAGAUAGAGAGAAGACAGACUAUGUGGACUUGGUCGUCUCUCCAUCUUUUGUCUGCAUGUGUAAUGCAAUUAUAUGCAUUGCUAUUGUGUCAUAUUGUUGGCCCAGCGUGCUUUGUUGUGGUUGUGUAUAGUGAAUAUGUAGAUAAGUGGGCAGACAGGCUGAGAGCAGCUUUUCCCACAAGCACCAAUGAACACAACAAUAACAAACUGGCCAAGAAGCACUCCUCUAGAUCCAUAGGUGGGAAUUUAAGUGUGAAUGGUUGCUUGUCAAUUUGUGAUGUGAUUGGCUGGCGACCAGUUCAGGGUGUACAACAUUUCUCUCACCAAACGCCAGUGUCAGUUGAUUGAAGACUGUAAAUUGUUCAUGUCUGAAUGUUUCUUUGUCUAUGAGCGCUGCGACCAUUCCAGGGCCUACCAAGCCUCUCACCAAAAGUCACUUGCUCUAGUAGGGCUCUGCAAUUAAACAAAAUUCUGUUAUGAUUACGAAUAUUACACCACGAUUACAAGAUUGCCAUCCUUGUACAAAAGUGAUUCCCGUAUUUUUAUAAAUCACUCCAGAGUACAAGUCGCACCAGCCAUAAAAUGCAUAAUAAAAAGGAAAAGACAUAAACAAAGUCGCACUGGAGUAUAAGUCCUAUUUUGGGGGGAAAUGUAUUUGAUCAAAUCCAACACCAGGAGCAGACAUGUCAUCUUGAAAGGCAAUUUAAAAUAAAAAUACAAUAGAGGCAACAACAGUCUGAAUAAUUGUACGGUAUGCCAACGUUACAUGCCACAUAAACAACAAACUGAGAACGUGCCUGGUAUGUUAACAUAACAUUAAGAGUUAUUCAGAUAACUAUAGCAUAGAUAUCAUGCCAACAAGUUUACCAUCGCUCCAGUGUACAAGUCGCACCCCGGCCAUACUAUGAAAGAAAUGUGAUUUAUAGUCUGGAAAAUACGGUAGAAUAAAAUAAAUAAUUAUUCAAAGUUUUUUUUAUACUUACAUAAAUUAAAUUAAAUUGACUUUGUAUUUUUUACAAUUAAACAUUUUCUUGCUCUGUACCAAAAAAUAAAUAAUCGUUUGAAUAAUUGCAAUUUCACUUAUUACCAAAAUAAUCAUGAUUAACAUUUUUUCCAUAUUCAAACAGCCCUACGCUUUAGCACAAACAAACAUGACCCUGAUGAGGACAACUGAGAUUGAACAUGUAUGGACUAAAUGACAUAAGAGAGUAUAAUCAAAUCAAGAAAGUGGAGCAUCUGAGUACUUUAAGUGGAAUUAAGGGGAUGAGCCUGUCACCUCCACUUUACAUUUUCCACAUCCCAUCAAUCAGGAGCCGAGAUGAAUGAGGUUUACAUUUCUCUAACUUUUCCAUCCCGCUUUGCUCGUUGAAACCCUGACUGGAUAAUUUAUUUCACAAACUGGCCAGCUGCCAUGACAACGGCCAUGCCGCGUCACGGUUGCCGUGACAAUGUCGGUAUUAAUCCCCUUGAGGGCCACAACACCGGCUGUACACGCAGCUGCUGGUUUACCCAUCAUAUGUGAUAACAUUUCAAACAGCUACUGUGGUCCUCGGUUUAUGAUGGCGUUCUAAUCCGACGGGGGUGAAUCCUUGAAAAGAUCAUGAAACUUAUACAUGGUCCAUCCACAUGAGCUGAGUUCAGCUAACUUGCGAUGGGAGGGGUUUGCCCAAAGUGAGUAAUUGAAACCAAAAUGGCAUUUGGGUCCAUGGGCCCUCUUGUGUGUACAGCUUUGCUAAGUAUAUUAACACAAUUUCAUGUUGAUGGGUAAAAGUGCCUUCAGGGCACCAUUUCCUCAAACUUGCCAACAACCCUCAAAAUAUACAUGAAACUAAUACUAUGCUUCACGAUACUAGUGUGUCCUGUUAUGACACACAAUGUCCACCUAAUUUGUGUUGAAUCACUGGAGGCUUAUUAAAAAUAAAAUAAGGGCACAACUGAGUAUUUUUAGUUGCUGUGAAAACCAUGUUAUUUUUUCGGGGGGCUUGCAUGCAUGAAAAUUCAUUUUUGUUCUACUGUUUAUAAUUUCAAAUGUUCAAACAGUGCAUAAAGUUCCUAGUUUAGUAUUUUUUUUGUAUUGUAUUCAAAAUCAUUCUACUGUCCUCCUAUUAAUAACCGGGAUUAUUUUGGUCAUGGUAAUUGCAAUAAAAUGUAUUGUUUGUAUUAAAGAAUGUAUUUACACUAAAUUCACACCAGAUUAGAGCUUCAUGCUAUUUGGUUACUGUGACAUCAUUUAGGGAGUGCUGCAGAAUGUCUUGUUGCAUGCGUCAGUUGAUGUCUAGAGACUUUGGACUUGUUCAACCAGGCCAAGUGUCUCCUCUGAUUCACACAAACUGAGAAAAGUGUGAUGUUGCAAUGAGAACCUCCACCCCCAACAACAACACCAUUUUUUUUUUUUUUUAUUAGAACCCUAACAGAGGUGACAUAAAGCUAAGAUAAAGCUGUCUCGACAGCUGAUUAUUGUUGAAAAUAACAUUGGAACCAAAAGUCACACAUGGAUAACUGCAUACUCAGCUCACUCUGUUCUAUAAUCUGACCGACAGAGCGUUUGCAUUAUCAAAAGUCUCGAUAGACAGGUCGCAGUGAUUUAGCAGGUCAUUUUUUUCUUUCCAUGAAACUGGUUAAAUAAAAUGUAGUUAUUGAUCUCAUUAAAUAAUUAGUUGAUUAUUUGGUGUACAUAAUGCAUUUUAAAAUAUUUGUAGAAUAAAGACUUGAAAUUUACACAUUUCAUUUCAACUAAUCAUUAUUUAAUUGAAAUAUUCAUGUUUAAAAUACAAUUUUAAAAUGAGAAUUCCCUUAAAAUAUUUUGCAUGCACAUAUAACAAUAGUUUUGUUUUACAGUAGAAAUUAUUUAUACUUACUGUAUAUAUACAUAGAUAAGACACUUAUUAAAACGAAUUGUUUUAUUCAAAAUAAUUAUUUUACGCUUAAAUUUAUUAUAUAUGUACAUACGUGUACAUCAGUGUAUUCAUUUUAUUAGAUUGAAAUUAUUGUAACUACUAAAAUUAACGAAUGACAAGUCGAUGCACUAUUUGUCUUUGUGGGCCAGUUAUAAUUACACUGCGGGCCAAAUUUUGCCCGUGGGCCAGAGUUUGGCACCCCCUGCGCUAAUGUCUACUUUCAGGCCAAAAGUAUUUCCACACGUAUCACUCACUUGUCCUGCCUGUUGUGCCGUAAGCAGUCACCAACUUUGUUUUUUUCUUUACUUUGUAAUUAUUAUAGUAAUAUAUGUAUACAAAUGGGAAAGAAAAUGUGGACAUUAUUCUCACUUGUGUUACAGCUUUUUCUGAAGAUUUUAUAAAUACUUUUCCCCCUUGAAAAUUCAGCGCAUAACACCCUAUGUCAGGGGUCACCAAACUACGGCCCGCGGGCCGGACACGGCCCGCGGGACCGUUUAAUCCGGCCCGCCAACCCUGAAUAAAUUGUAUUAUUAAACUUUUUUUUUUUUUUUUUUUGCUCAUUUUGCCUGCAAUGACUGCGUUUCCCCAGUAGAUGGGGGAAGCGCUCGCCUGCGCAUUUACUACCGGAAGCCGUGUCAGAAAGCUCGGUGCACACUCACAAGUGCGUGUACGGACAUGGCGCACUCGCGCUCUAUUUGUAUCAGUCCCGAAUUUAGAGCGUGGGCUGUGACGACAGCAUUCUUGUAAUUUGCGCGCUGAGCUUUCAGAUGCAGUUUUGCCCUAAGGCCACCCACAAACCUUCCCCUGGAAUCCUUCCGUUAAAAUGUCGCCCAAGUAAAGCAGGGUGAACACAGUGCCGAGCGUUUAAAAGAGCCAAUUUGGCUCGACGUACGCGACGUGACGUUCAGCCACAUGAACGUCAACAUCUACCCGUCACAGAUCGAGGUAAACGGACCAACACCUCGGAUCUCGCGUAAGAAUUGCCACAACAAAUUUUACUCCAGACUAUGACGCACUAUCAAACUUUAACAAAAAAGACAGCGGUGUCUACAAGCCUACUGGAACCUACAAAAGGAUUAUAAGGAAGGAACACAAGAACUUUAAGAGACUGCUCAUAUGUGUCAGAGAGGUUCUGCUCUGACAACUGAGCUGAACUUUUAUCUGUUAAGAUUGUGCAUGGCACAACAGAAAGUUAAUGUUCCAUGGUUUUUUUUCUAUGAAGAACCCAGAGAGAGUUAUUUAGUUAUUUAUUUCCUGUUUUUUCUGUGAAGAACUCAGAGAGGGUUUAGUUAUUAUUUAUUUCAUUAAUAGUGUUAUUUGUUUCCUGACUUUUUUUCUGUAAAGAACCUGGAAAGGGUUAUUAAAUAACCGUUAUUUGGUUAUGUGUGGCUUUCUGGAAAACAAUAAUUUUUUUAAGCUCCCCUACGAUCGUCACACUUUUUCUGUUACAAACUGCCACCGGCCCGCCAUCAGAGAAGGGAAAGGUUAUGUGGCCCUCACAGGAAAAAGUUUGGGGACCCCUGCCCUAUGUAAUCACAAUUUGUAAAAUAUUUUAAAAUUUUUGCUCACAUAUUAAAACUAAAAUUACGCAUCCAAAUGUGUUCACUUAAAUGAAUUGACACCAAUUCGAAAUAAGGCUAUCAUGUAAUGCAAUAAAAAAAACAGAAAUGUUGAAACGUUGCGGAUACUUUCAGGAUGCACUGUGCCUUUCCAUCAUCGUACAUUCCACAUUCAGUUUCCAGUAACAACAACCCCCUCUAGUAUGUCUCAC